CUUUGGACCCUCAUUCACACUGUGAGAGAGGUUGAAAGGGAAUCAGCAAACGCCUAACAACAAGUUUGCUGCUGUGGCUGUUUUCAGUGUCUAUUUGUCUCUAAACAAUAGUUCUCCAUUUUUACGGUUUUAACUUUUGCUCCUGCACGUUUACAAUCGUGUCUAUUGAGUUUCCUGGUAGGGCAUAAACGUCCCAUCAUCAGUAUGUCAUCAGAGGCAUCAUCUCCUGUGAAGGCCGCUCAGUCCAACACCCCUCCUCUGUCCCCGCUGUCGCCGACCUCACCUGUGUCUCCGGUAUCCCCCGGCGGUCUGCGUCUGCCCACCGGCCGCUACAGAGACCGCUCUCCUUCCCCCAUGAGGGAUUAUUUGAUCCCCAGCCCCUUGCCCACUCGACGCACUCGUACCUGCUCAGCUGCAGCGCGUGCAGCAGAGGGUCCAGUUUUCUCUGGGGUCUGCAAGUGCUUUUCACGUUCCAAAGGACACGGCUUCAUUAAGCCAUCAGACGGAGGCAAUGACAUCUUCGUGCAUAUCUCUGACAUAGAGGGUGAAUAUGUACCCGUGGAAGGAGAUGAAGUGAGCUAUAAGAUUUGCUCUAUUCCACCUAAACACAUGAAAAUCCAGGCCGUGGAGGUGACCAUCACUCAUUUAGCACCAGGCACGAAGCACGAGACCUGGUCAGGACACGUGGUCAAAUCAUGAAGACCCGUGAUGAAAAUAGUGCUUUAAUUCUGUACUGUCAUACUGGGUGAUAAAAGUGAUGUUAAAAUGGAUCUCUUGUUCCUUUUCUUGACGUUUUGGGGAAGGGAACCGUAACAAAUGCCUUUAAGUGCAGAGUGAGAUGAUACAGCUUGACUCUUAAGAAAAAUAUCAAAAGUUGAUUUGUUUACUUGAGGAUUUAGGGGAGGGGGUAUGUUUGUAAUAAUCCUCGUAUUUCUUUUUUAAAAUGUGGCAUAAACAGCAGUCAGCCAUGCUUACACUAACCACCCGUGAGUUCAUUCUUUGAAUGAUAGUUGUUUUUGUGAAUGUUGAUUUUUCUGCUAACAGGAAGCCUUAACUCGUAAACAUAAAACUCAAAUGAAAAGAUAGAUUUUUUUUAUCGCUGAAAAAUAAAGUUUUUUGUGUAUUAUCAUGUCAGCAUAUUGUGAAAAUACACAAUGUGCGUGUGUGUGAAUUUUUGAAUUAAAAAGUCAUCUACCCACAUACUUGA